AUGCGAGGCUCUCCAAUCGUUCUGCUCUACGCCGCGACCUUGGCGUCCGGCAUGGUCAUGAACCCCAGACAUGCUGCUGAGGCUCACAUUGCCGUCCGCGGCGGCGGUGAUGACAACAAUGGCGGCGGUGACUGGUGGGACCACGGUGAUCACGACGGUGGCCAUGGCGGUCCCCCAGCGGAGACUACUCCUUGCGAGACUGAGACUCCUCCUCCUGUUGAGACCUCUACUCCUUGCGAGACCGAGACUCCUCCUCCCGUUGAGACCUCUACUCCGUGCGAGACGGAUACGCCCACUCCUCCGCCGGUGGUGACCCCUACCUCGACUCCCUGUGAGACUGAUACUCCCACUCCGCCUCCAGUUGUGACGCCUACCUCAACUCCUUGCGAGACUGACACCCCGACCCCGCCACCGGUCGAGACAUCUACUCCAUGCGAGACUGACACGCCCACUCCUCCCCCGGCGUCGUCUACUCCAUGCGAGACUGACACUCCUACUCCUCCUCCCGCAAGCUCCACGCCUUGUGAGACUGACACGCCCACCCCCUCCCCCGGCGUCUUCUACUCCAUCUCCACUCCUUGUGAGACUGACACGCCUACUCCUCCCCCGGCGUCGUCUACUCCUUGUGAGACUGACACGCCUACUGCUCCCCCGGCGUCGUCUACUCCUUGUGAGACUGAUACGCCUACUGCUCCCCCGGCGUCGUCGACUCCUUGUGAGACUGAUACUCCUACUUCUACCCCGGUGUCUCCCACUUCUCCUCCUGCUUCUACCACUCCCUGUGAGACCGACACCCCGACCUCGCCUCCUCCAGCUAGCACUACUCCCUGCGAGACUGAAACUCCCACAGUCCCUCCCUCGGCCUCCACCACCCCCUGUGAGACCGAGACUAGCACUCCCCCUCCAGUUAUUGUGACCACUACCUGGACCACCACCACCUGCCCUGUGACCUGGAGCACUGUCUCAAGCGGCACGACAACCUACACCCACCCAGUGACCCAGACUAGCACACUCACCGUGACUUCUAUCUUCACCUGCACUGAGGGUUGCACCCAGCCCACCACCCCAGUUGUUGUGGUCCCUCCCCCGGUGCAGACUACUUCCGUCGUGGUCCCUCCCCCGGCGCAGACUACUUCCGUCGUGGUCCCUCCCCCGGUGCAGACUACUUCUGUCGUGGUCCCUCCCCCAGCGCAGACUACUUCCGUCGAGGUUCCCCCUCCCGCCACGGAGCCCACUGCCCCUGCAGCAUCUACCUCCCCGGUGUCCCCUGCGCAACCCACAACCGCCGUCACUUCUUCAUCCUCCACCACAGCUCCUCCCGCCUCCUCCUCGCCUGCUUUCAACAGUGCUCCCGCUCAGUUCCAGAAGAGCAUCGCCGCAUUCAUCCCCGGCUUGGCCCUUCUGUUUUCUCUGCUUUAA